AAGAGCCCUGUACUAUCAGCCAUGGUCAACCCCACCGUAUUCUUUGACAUCGCCGUUGACGGAGAGCGCUUAGGCCGCAUCUCCUUCGAGCUGUUCGCAGACAAGUUUCCAAAGUCAGCAGAAAAGUUUCGUGCUCUGAGAACUGGGGAGAAAGGAUUUGGUUAUAAGGGUUCCUGCUUUCACAGAAUUAUUCCAGGGUUUAUGUGUCAGGGUGGUGACUUCACAUGCCAUAAAGGCACCAGUGGCAAGUCCCUCUACGGGGAGAAAUUUGAUGAUGAGAACUUCAUCCUAAAGCAUACAGGUCCUGGCAUCUUGUCCAUGGCAAAUGCUGGCCCCAACACGAAUGGUUCCCAGUGUUUCAUCUGCACUGCCAAGACGGAGUGGUUGGAUGGGAAGCAGGUGGGCUCGGUGAAAGAAGGCAUGAAUAUUGUGGAGACCAUGGAGUGCUUUGGGUCCAGGAAUGGCAAGACCAGCAAGAAGGUCACCAUUGCUGACUGUGAACAACUCUAA